AUGGGCUACAGAAUAUUCCCAUUCUUGUUGAGAACUGUUAUUAGGCAUACCGAAACACAUUCAACUGGAAAAUGGCCACUAAUCGAAUACCGCCAAUUGGAAAAAAAAAGAUCGGCUGGUGUGUAUAAGGUCAAUUAUGUGUGUGUGUGUUUUUGUGACAUAUUCACCUUCAAAAAUGCUGUGUUUAUUUUUUUCCAGGUUUUGAUUACUGUAGAGUUUUGUUAUAGGGUUUGAAGAUCAAAAAUUUGAAAAAAAAAUGUGUUUUUUUUUGAAACUAGAAAAAACACAUAUUCAUGUGUUACUGUAAUAACUAAGUUACCUGAUUUCAAAAAAAAAUUGAAUUAUGUUUUCAGGAAUUUAUAUUUGUUAGGAGUACUGUAGAAGGUACUGUACUGUAUUUCUAUCAAGAUAGUACUGUAAAUAACUUCAGAGCAAUUUUCAAAAAAUAUUUGUUCAGGGCUCUGUGACUACAGUGUAGUUGAGCUUCUCAAUCUAGGGUACUGUAAUGUACAUUUGUGAAACAAAAUUGUUUUUUUCACAGAAUACUGUAGAUUUUUCUCUAACGUAAGAGUAAACAAAAAAAAAUGUUCAUUUGAAUAAAGUUCCUGAAAAACCCCCAGCUACUUUUUUUCUCUAAAAUCCCUUCAAAUCUCCAAAAAUUGUAUCAAUUUUUUCGUAAUAUUCCGUUUCUCCGAAAUGUACUUUUUUUUCCACAUAAAAAACUAUAUUAUUUUCAAGUUUGAAAAAAAAUCUAGUUAGUUUUCAAGAUCUUACAAUAAAUACUAGAGUUCUUGGAACUCUGAAUUCACCUGGAAAAUUGAUGAUCAAAUAAAGUGUUUUUUCGAAAAUAAUUCACAUAGGUUUUUGUUUCGCAAUGAAAAACGAAAAGCUAUAAUUUUCCAAUUAUUUGUGAAAAAUGUUGCCGACAAUUUCUUUUUCAUUUUUUCCACGUUCAAUUUUUAAGCUUCUUCCAUUGAAUGACUCACUCACAUGCAAAUUUUCAUCCUAGAAUUCCAAAAAAAACAUGCAAAAAGUGUAGGAGUUGUGAUAAAUCACAAAAUGUUCUUUUUCUGCCUGCCAAAGAGAAUUCAGAAGAAAACAUCAUUUUGCACUUUUCAAAUAUAAUAAUUCUCUCUAGUAAUCAUGUGCCGCCCUAGAUUAUAUGUUUGACAAUAAACACCAAGACUAACAAAAAAAAUUAUUUUCUUGGUUUCAUUAAUAAAAUCAAGGGCAUUUUCAUCUCUUCAUUUUUUUUUCUGGUUGUAUGCAGAAAAUCUGUUUUGCUAGAGGAAUUUUUUUUGGAGUUGGGUUAGUAUAAUAAUUUUCAUAAUUUUCAUUUGUUGACAUCAAUUUAUUGAGAACAGAGAAUUUAUUUUUAGUUUUAUGUGAUUCUGAACAUACUUUUCUAACAUUAGAGAAAAUUUUGAAAACUCUCCGUUUUUCCGGAGAACUUAGCAUAACUCCAGUUUGUUUUCCAAGUAUACAAGAUGACUCUUUUUUCCGAAAAAUGUAGUUUAUUACUUUUCGUAAAAAAAAUUGCACAAACUGAUUUCAUUUCUUUCUUAGGUUCUCCAAAACGUUACUGAAAUACAAGAUUUCCUACCAGGGAAUUAGGCUAACUUACUUUUUUGUAGAACUUUUGCACAAAUUGUAUUACGAUUUAGAUUGACAAUCACUUUAAAAAUAACUUUUUUUUUUCAAAAGUGCCAAUUUUUGUCCGAAAAAAAAGAUCACAUGAAUAUUAUUCACGUGAAACGUGACCCCUCAUUUCAUAAUUUGUCAUUAAACCUAUUCAUUCUCCCUCUACAUAUCUGUCACAAGCGGAAAAAAAUAAGGGAGGUCACGCCCAUUUUGGAGGGUGGAAGAAAUGGGCGGGGCUUGACCGAACCAAUCAUCGAGUUUUGUGUCGUUUAGUGUCGUCUUCGUUAACCAUUCAUUUUGUAUUACUCACUUACUUUUUUUCACAAAGCUUGAAUUUCUCAAUUUCAGAUAUGUCUCUUCUUGAUCCACGUCAAUUUUUGAUCCCCGCAUUUUAUUUGGAUCCAGCGACACAAGCAUUAUUGGCUCAGGUUUCAGCGCAGAGCACAACUUCUGGCGGCAAAAUGACUUUGAAUAACUCAUUCAGAAUUUCGGAUCUUUUGGAACCAUCCACCAAUUCAACAACUUCAAAUUCACAAAGUGAGACUUCAGGUAACGAAAAAAAUUGCAACAAAGUUGGUAAAAGAGUUGAGUUGAAAUUCAAUCAACCAAACGAUAAUUUUUAAUAUACCAUCCAAAAUAAAUAUAUAUAUAUAUACACAUUUAUUUAUAUUUAUUGUAAAUUGUAAAUUGUAUAGUUAACGCUCAAAUGAACAUACAGUAAUUGAGUUUUGCCUCUUCCCCUUUUACUCAUGUCGAUUUCAAAGGUGCAAGGGUCAACUCAAUUACCCAAUUAGUUCAGAAAAACAAAAAGGGUAUGAUUUGAUGUUUUCUAGAUCCAUCCCCAACAUCGGAUAGUCCACGAGCUGGAAGUCCAAAUGGCACUGAAAGAAGUGGAAGUCCAAAUUGUAUGAGUUCAAAAAAAGCCAGAAAAGCUCGCACUAUUUUCACUGACAAACAACUUCAAGAGCUUGAAAAUACUUUUGAAAAACAAAAAUAUUUAUCUGUGCAAGAUCGAAUGGAAUUGGCACAUCGAAUGGGUUUGACUGAUACACAGGUUAAAACUUGGUAUCAAAAUCGAAGGUAAGGUUUAGGAUCUUUCUGAUUUUUUUUUUUGAAAAAAUGGAACCAUGAAAUUUGAGAAGAUGGGGGAAGUAACAAUUAUAACAUUUAUGAUUUUUUGGAGAAUUAUUUGAAUAGAAAUUUAAAUUAAGUUGAAAUUCCACCUGGAAAAAAUCAAUUUUGAAAAAAUAGAUCAUCAUUUGUUCUUCAGAAUACAAAACUUCAAGGUCAAAAUUUUGUAGUCUUGAAAAAAUAUGUUAGAAUUGCGAAAUGUCUUGUGAGGUAGAAUAGUUCUUUUAAAAUCCUGAUAUUCUAUUCCUCGAAUUUCAACCAAUGAUUCCAAGAGUUCUGAAAAUCUCCCAGCUUCAGUUGUUGAACUUCUUUCCUCAGAAUUUCACAUUUAAAAUCACAGCUUUCCUAGCCAAUUUCCAAAUUUCUCAUCUCAUAAAAAAAAAUCCCAAAAUAUUUUCCGGAUGAAAUCUCGCGCUUAUUUCAAUCCUCCUCCAAUUACACAACAUUCAUCAUUAAUUCACGCCCAAUUCCAUUGUUUUUUGUGUGAGCAUCAACUUUGAGCAAUUAAAAUAAUCUCGCGAAGAAAAAAAUCGCUUCUAAACACGCCACUUUAUAGCAUAGCAUAGCCGGGGCGCGCGCUAAAAUCCUGCCGCUAUUCGAAUGGGGGAAGCUCUAAUUGUAGUGCAUUAGUCGAGCAGCAAAUUUAUCUUAAUCAAACCCCCUCGCCUCCAUUUUGAGAAGGAAGAUGAGGGAAAAAAUAGACACUCGCCUUUUUUCUCACUUUUCGAUAAUUGGAUUCCAAACCCAAAUCCAAACCAUUUUCGUUUUCUGAAAAAAAAUACAUGAUGAGGUUGAUGAAAAGAGCUGCCAAUUCCCCCGCUUAUAUACAUUUUGUGGCUGAGGAGAGAGGCUGGAUUACUGUAGGUAGAAGUUCUAGGGUGAGGAAACUUCAGAGAAGAUUUUUAUCUGAUCCACAAGAUUGAACAGAUUACUGUAUUUUUUAUAUUGAGAAAGAAAAAUUUGCAAUUUCAAAAAUAUUCCAGAACCAAAUGGAAGCGGCAAGCCUCGGUCGGUAUGGAUCUUCUACAUGACGCCGGAAACAUGGCUGCAGUCCAACAACUUCUUCGCUCAAAUCCAUAUUGGGCUUCAUAUCUUUCAAGCAGCGCUGCAAGCCAAGCUGCCACAUCCCGUAACUUCACAAACCCUCUAGUUAUGCCAACUACAAUGCAGAAUAACUCACUUUUGCAAUUUUUAGCUGCUCAAGGAGCUGCUAAAGAUUCUUCAACGCCAAAUUCUCCUGAACCACAAUCAUCUGAUGAACCGUAA